GUUGGCUGCGUAGUUUUUAUUCACGGAGAGGGGCGUACGCAAAGAGCUGGUUGCUGUGGCAGCUGGAGCACGCGGGAGUGAAAGGCGGUGGCGCAGCUGGCAGGACUUGUGGAGCGGGAACCGGGGACGCGCUGAGGCGGCGACAUGUUGUGUUCAGCAGAGAAUUAAACCAGAUAAGACAAUUCAGCUGAUGAGCAGACAUUAAUGCUGAUGACCAUGAACCAUUGCAGCCUCUUCUUUCGUAGCUUCUUAACAAUGAAUGUGUGCUAAAAUAGCUCUUCUGGGACAGAGAGCACUGUUUAAAGACAGUAGUUGUCUUUUUGGUACAUUAUCUGUCCAGUCACCAGGUACAGUCAUUUUGGAGUAUUUUUAGCAAUAAGGGAGAAUCCUUCCCAGGAAAAUUUGGGAUGGCACAUGCUCGUAUCUCAGCCAACCUGCCCCCUGAUAUAGAUCCCACAAAAGCUCCUAUUGCAUUUGGAAAGAGGGCCCUUCCCAAACUGAAUGAGGAGUUACAGUCUCCUGAGCUGCUGACUCAGCAGCAGGCAUUGAUGGCACUCUGCGAUCUGGUCCAUGACCCAGAAAAUGUCUACCAGGCAAUAGAAAUAGGAGUCCUGCAUAACCUGAAGACUUUGCUGGUACAUCGCGACAGUACUGUCCGACAAAAAACAACACAAAUCCUCUAUAUAAUGGCUAUGCAUAAUGUUGGCAGGCAAGGGUUGAUACAAAAUGGAGUAAUUUCUGCCCUCACUGAGCUCUUGGAUGAUCCAGUAGAUAUCUGUCGGAAGAACAUGCAUCAGAUUUUUGACAUGAUGGCAAAAUUACCUGAAGGGGCUGUUGGCAUACUGCAUGCCGGUUUGAUUCCCUCACUUGUAUUCAAAUUGAAGACUGAGUCGGAUGAAAUCCAGGAGCUAAUCCUUGAUACACUCUCCAACUGUCUGCAUGUGGAGGCUUCUGAAGCUCUAGCAACUGGUGCUGUCACUAUCCUGAAGGAAAAGCUCACACACUCAUCAGUGGCCAUCAGAAGCAAAGCAGCUUGGAUCCUGCUAGAAAUUGGUACUCAUCCAGAGGGAAAAAGCGUGCUAUGUGAAGAAGUUAUUCCUGUGCUGGUGAGCCUCUUGGAAGAUACAGAUCCUGAAGUACAAGCUGCUGCAACAGGAGCACUGAUGUUUGCUACUGUUAAACCUCAGGGGAGAUUCUUAGCCCUAGGUGCUGAAGCCAUUCCACCUUUACUGAAGCUGGUUGCUGAGGAAACCAGCAAAGCCCGUCUGAGUGCAAUCAAAACCCUCACCAUGCUGGCGGAGCUACCAGAGGGCCGCAAGACACUCCUAGAUCAUACAGAUACAUUUCAGCAGUGUCUGAAUGAUCCCUGUGAGGCAGUGCAAAAAGCUGCCAAAAUUGCCAUCAGUGUCAUCAAAUGGAAACCUUUCUGAAGACAUGAUGUUUCAUAGAAAUCUAAUGCCCUCUGUUGUUGUCUGGCUGUAAAAGUUGCAUGAUUAUAUGAGACCUUCAAAACAAAAACUCUCUUCCUCAGUUACACUGGAUCAAUUCCUCCUGAAAAGUCAUUUGUCAACAGUUUCACAUCUAUAUUGCAAGUCAUGAGCAGAAUAAUGGGAAGAAAGAAAAGUUAGGAAGUCUAGAAUUCUCCACUAGGAGUUAUUUCCUGAGUUAUCAAGAUUUUCCUGUGGUACAAGAAACUGAUCCUUUUUGUUUUCUUCAUAAUGUUCUCUCCUUCCUUUUUUUUUUUAAAUCUCAGCCUAUCAAACAUUAAUCAAUUACUAAUUAUGUUAGAAAGGUUCAUAAUUAACCUCUCCAGCAGUCUUGUCUAUGCUGGGAAAUUAACAGGAAUUUAUGUAAGUUUUGCUGCAAACGUUUGUUGAACAUGGCAUUAGAACCAUUUAGAGCAUCGUCACAGAAAAAGCAACGGCAGUGUCAUAGAAAGCCUUCCCCUAGAGAAUUAUGAGACUUUCCCAGCCUAAAACAUAACCAAAUGCUUAUCAGCACCCUUGUAACAAAUGGAGUUUCUGACAAGACUUGUCGGCAGUGAAUCUGGUAGAGACAGACUCUGCUGCCCUUAGUUAAGAGGACCGCAGCCUAACCCUAUCCCUGCUACAAAAGCUAUCCAAGCAAUGCUCCGAUAACCCCUGCUAAUGACUUGUCAAGGAGAGUUUUAGUAGCAGCCCUUGCUUUACUCUGCAGCCCCUUCCAAGCCCCACUCUUGCUGUAUGUGUCAGCAGCCUCUCCCUCAGCCUUAGCUGCAGUGAUUGCUCCCAUGUUUUUAAGCUGGUGACGAUGUCAACAGGCAGGUUUUCUCCUUCCAUGUGCUUGGAGCCAGGCUCAGGACUGCCAUGUGCAGUUGUCCACACUUAGGGUAAAAGGAAAAUAAGUCAGAAAGACUUUACUAGGGG